AUGUCGCAACUGCGAAACUUUAUUAAAUUACAAACGGAACACAUGCACUGUUCCGACAACAUCAAGGUCGUCAUUGCAAGAGACCUUUUGAAGCUCCUUUUGAUUCCAGCGGUACUGUUUGCGAAGCUAUCUUUUGCAGCGGCCAAGGGCGAGGCUUUGGCCGACUCUUGCAUCCGUUACGAUGAGGGAAUUGAGCUCCUUCAUCGGGGCAUUCACGAUGAACUGCCAGAGUCCUGCUCAGUUUUUCUAUCCUAUCAAUCUCAACAGUACCAACUCACCACUAAAUCCACCAUGAACUUUUUCAAGAAGAAGCCCACGCCCAAGGAAGCUGCGAAGGAAGCCAAGCGUGAAGCACGCAAAGAAGUUCGACAAAAUCAACGUGACUUGGACCGCGAAAUUCGAGAAUUGGAUCGUCAGGAGCAACAAAUCAAAAAUGAGCUCAAACAACGAGCGAAAAAAGUCUCUUCUCAGAAUGAUCCUACAUUGAAAGUACUGGCCAAACAGUUGGUCCAACUUCGACAACAACGCGACAAACUAUUCACGGCUCGAUCACAGGUGGGCGCAAUGGGGAUGCAUGCCACGACCAUGGCCUCGCAAGUCGCUGCCGUUUCGGCCAUUGGAACCGUCACGGACACACUCAAAGUCGCAAAUGCCCAAAUGGACAUGAAGGAAACCAUGAAAGUAAUGUCCCAAUUCCAGCACGAAAAUGAAAAAAUGGCGGCCAAGGAAGAAUUGAUGGACGAUGUCCUGGCAGAUGCAUUCGACACGGAGGAAGUCGAAGAAGAAGCCGAGGCAUUGACAAACCAGGUAUUGGCAGAAUUGGGUGUAGAAAUGGAUGCAAAAUUGGUCGGAUUGGAUGCACCCCAAUCCAAGCCAGUGGGGGAACAGCUUUCCCAGGAAGAACAAAAUGCACUCGACGAUGCCUUGCCAGACCUCAAGGCGAGACUCAAUGCCUUGUAG